AAAAAAUGUUGCCAGCUUUUAAAGUAGGUGGGGCCGGAUUAUUGUAAUUAUGACAAAGUCUUACUAGUGAAUACCUUGCCUCGGAUAACCUUGAACACACCUAAAAGGUGGUGUUUCUACACUUUGCCACCGAAUAAUGCUAUUCAAGAACCAUACAUAAACAAGUUACGGAUGUAUGCAUCAAGUACAAAAAACCUAGUGAGAUUUGGAAGGGUCACUGCAUCAAAGUAAACCCAGUGAACCAAAUCCAAUCGAACUUGUUGGACACGUACAGUUCAUAGUUCAAACGGCUGUAUUCGCACAUUUUUUUUUCGAGACCGCCAGACUGAUUACAGACCAACAUGAAUACCAUCGUGGGGAGGAUACUGCACGCCGACUCAAAGAAGAAGAAAAGUCCUUCCACGAGUCCUAAGAUAUCUCGCCGGCGUGCCGGGGACAUCACGGUGCUUCAUGACACGGUGGUUCUGUCGAAAGUCACUCCGCGAGACACCGUCCCGAUUCAGUGUCCGAUUCCUGAACCACCGGAAACGACUCCGUGGUGCCCGAUUCAACCACCUGAAACGUCGUCUGAUCAGUCUGGAGAUGAAGAAGAGGACAUCGAGGCGGCAGGAGCGCGCUACUUGCGGCAAAUGUCCGGAGUACGGAGACCAACCGUCACAGAAAUAGUCACGGGAAACGAGUCCCACGACGACGACACAGAUAUGGAAGGGGGAGCGAGCGAGGCCGAAGAAGGCCCGUGGACCGAGCUACAGACGACCAGAUCGGCGGAACCGCCCGAAGUCAACGACCAAUUCGACACUCUCAAGCAGUGCUGGGCUGUGGCCUUUCCCGACCAAACUGUGCCGGAUUUUGCCGACUUGACGCGACAGGAGAUCGACCAGUACCUCGGCGAGAGGCGUAAGUCUACCGAGGACUUGAAACUUCGGUUAGAAAACGCUGAAUACUGCGUAAAGUACCUGGAGUAUAUGCAGUAUGUGAAGAGUAGUAGGGGAGGCGGAGUUAGGGGUGAGGUUGAGGCGGCGGACUCAGUACCCGGAAGUGACCCUGUUCUCACUCGAAGCGAACUCAGAGAAAACUACUCAGACGAAGAGUUCUACAGUGUUGACGAUUUGGACCGUGAAACUAUAAGAGCCAGCUUAAACGGAGAAAGUACAAGUGAAAGUGUCGGUACCCCAGACCAACAAACAGAAGGCACACCUGUGGACACACCUGUGGAGGAAGAACAAAGCCCGAUGCAGAGCGAAAGAGACCUGUCUGUUUCGGAAAGUCUGUCCCCCAUCGAAAGAGAUCCUUUUGGAGAGAACAAGUUCAGCGAAACGUCGGUCAGAGACAGUAUGAUCAGCCUCGAAAGCCAGAACGUCGGCGACAUUUGCGAUCUGGACGAAAUAGACCUGGAUAUGGACGACAACAACGACAAAGAUAUGAACGACGGUCCGAAAAAUCUUCUGACCACUAUGACAACAAACGACCGUGUGAGCAUCCGCAUCAAGAGAACCUACGACAUCAGAUCACAGGGCGACCGGAAGAGUAUGAUCUCCGUUGAUUCGAUUUCCAGCGAUAUCCCCGAGGAUGAAGUAUUUGAGAGCAGGAGGAAAGAUGCUGUAGGUCCAGACAACGCUAUCAACACCAGUGGCAACGAGGAUGACCAUCACUAUAGGAUGAGAAAGCUGGUGAUGGAGGGAGUUCUGGACACAGAGUCAGUCUACCUGAGCUGCCUGGUCGUUCUGCUGAAGUACAAGAAGAUUUUCGAGGUGUCAGGGACGACGUCCCAGCCCGUGCUGUGUGCUGAGGACUGUGCUCUCAUCUUCUACAAGGUCCGAGAGCUCCACAACAUCCAUAACGACUUUCACAAGGGUCUGCAGCCCAAAGUCAGGAACUACACUCCUCAGCAGGAGGUCGGAGACUCCUUUAAGUUACUGGUGUCCCAGCUCCCAGCUUAUGAAGACUACCUGAAGAACUAUGAGCGUGCCUUACAGACCAUUGAUCGCUGCCGGCGCAGUAAUGAACAGUUCAACAGCGUUGCUGCCAGUGUAAAGAAUGGAGACAACCAUCAAACUCUGGAGGGCCUGAUUGUGCGACCAGUUGAGAGGGUGACCAGAAUCACACUUGUCCUACAGGACCUGCUGAAGCACACCCCUGUUAGCCACCCAGACCACACCUCCCUGAAGGAGUCACUGGAAACAUCACAGGCCUUCCUGGACAAGAUCAACAAGUCUGCCUUCUCAGCUCAGGGGGACAAGACUGAUGGCAUCUCGAGCCCACAGCGUCAUCUAGUGAAGGAUGCCUUCCUGGUAGAGCUGUCUGAUGGGAAGAGAAAACUCCGCCAUGUGUUCCUCUUCCCAGACCUGCUCAUCUGUGCCACACAGAGAACCACCAGGAAGAUCUUCAGCCGUGAGUCGAUGCGGGAGUCGUACGAGUGCCAGUGGUACAUUCCUCUGGGGGAACUCAUGCUGAUAGCUCAUGAUGUGCAGCAUAUAGACAGCAGCCCAGUACCCGUGACAAGUGAAGUUGACAUGGAGAAUCACAAAGCGAAGGUGGCUGAGCUCAGGAAGGAGUACAGGAAACUGAAGGCUAGCAACUCUGAUCAACCUGCACAUCGGAAGGUUGUAAAGGGCAUUGAAAAGGUCAAGAAGAGGCUGGCUGAGCAGGAGGCUGCGUUGACUCUGGCUUUCCCCAGUCUGCCUUUCAGAGUCUUCCACAAGAAUGGGAAGACCUACACAUUCCUAAUGUCAUCUGGAGACGAGAGGGCUGAGUGGAAGGAGGCCAUCACAAAACUACAGGAGAAAUAUCCCUCCAGACCAUCCCUGACAAACUAUGAGGUUCAGGCAUUGCUCAACUCCACUAGGGUACGGAAAGUCAACACAGUUGGAUCACUACUCCUGAAUGACAGUGAUGAGCCGGCCCUGUCAGGCAGCCUGUGUGUGACAGUCCAGUCAGCUUCAGGCUUCACAGAGGAGGGCAGAGUACACUGCCUCAUUGAAGUAGAUUCAUUUGGCCACUUUGAGCACAAGGCUAGAACUGGCACUUGUACAUGCACCACUGAGGCGUCAUGGAACGAGGACUUCGAUGUAGAGUUAGAAGAAGCCCAGACUCUGAGGGUGUCAUGUUUCUGGGAGCCCCCCAGAGGGGGGACGCUCAAACCCAACCAGCACUCCCCCCCUGGUGGCAGGAGGUCUCCCAUACAGAAGAUAGCUGGGCCCAGGAACCCUCCAUGUCACACCCGCUACACCACUAUCCGGAUCUGUCUGAAGCUGCGUCACAUUUCACAAGCAGCGACCCUGAAGAGGCAGAAAUCCAUGGCCAUUAAAGGACAGAAGGGCAUGUUUGGAGUGCCACUGGGAACCACUACAAAGAUUGAGAGAAGACCAGUCCCACAGAUAGUGGAUCUGUGCACACAAGAGGUGGAGAAGAGAGGAGUGGAAGAGUUGGGGAUUUACCGAAUAUCAGCCGUGUCUUCAGACGUGCAGAAACUCAAGAAGGCCUUCGAUACAGGGAGUAAAGACCUGCACCACAUGAUCCAGGAGACAGACAUUAACGCCGUGGCGGGGGUUCUCAAGCUGUACUUCAGGGAACUACCGGAACCUCUCUUCACCAACGAGCUGUACCCCAGCUUUGCUGACAGUCUCGCCCUGGCAGACCCUGAUGCUAAAGAGAGAAGCAUGUUGUCCCUGUUCCAUGAGUUACCUGAAGUGAACCAUGCCACUGCCUUACACAUGAUGAGGCACCUCAGGAGAGUUGCAGAAAAAGAAGAGGUGAACAAGAUGAACAUCAACAACCUGUCGACGGUGUUCGGUCCGACGCUGCUGCGCCCCUCGGAGGCCAACUCCCCCUCGGACAUGUCGAGCGCGGCGUUUGUCGGAGACGUCCUGACACAAGUAGGAGUGCUACAAUACCUGCUGAUGCUGCCCGUAUCAGAGGAUAGACGGCAGGCAUUGUCGUCCUCUGGAAGUGUGGACACGCAGAUGUAACCACAUUUGCUCUUGUGCUACUGUAGUUGAAAACUUCAAAAUCUGCUUGACAUAAUAAGUUAUGUGUAAGAAAGUGCUACAGUUCUUUCUGCAUGGCCUUAAUUUUCAUUUUAUACCAAUAGUGUGCAGGUAUUAUUGUCCUCUGGAAGUGUGGACAUGCCCAUGUAACCAUAUUUUCUGUUACGCUACAAAAAGAAAAAAAAUUAACAGUUCUCGGUGGCAAAUGUGCCACAUUGACACAUUGGGGCAUCAAAUCUGGAGUGUUUUUUUGGCACACAGUUAGACCGAUUAGCCGAAGAGGCUCGGUGGGCAUCACUCCACCGUACAGGGAGGGAAGUCAUGUUAAGUGCCUUUCCCAAGGACACAACAUCGGGGCAUGGUGAGUAUUGCACCCAGAAGCUAUUGAUUCUGAGUCCAAUGCUCUAACCAAUGCCACCAUACUUUCAUGCUACUGUAGUUGGAAACUGCAGAGUCUGCUUGCUAAUGUGUAAGAAAGGGCUUUCUUCCUGUGUGGCCUUACUUUUGAUUGUAUACCAGUAGCUGCCACGGCAAUACAAACCGGAUGUUAGAUUGUAAAUAGUUUUUCUAAUGCCCAUUAUGACUUGUUAGGAGAAUUCUAUGCAUAACAUUUUACCUGCUUUGCUCCCAGAGAACACAAGAAAGUACAGAAUUGUGUAACGUAAUUUAGUUUACUGCCUGACAGAGUAUGUUGGUAGUGCUUUUUAGUUACUGUAUGUAGUGAAAUACAGUCUAACAUUGAUACAGGUACUGGAGCAAUGUAAUACCUUAUAUUUAUGUUAUCAUUAUUAAUGAUAAUAAGUUGAUAUACCACCGAAUGUUAUUAUGUGUGCAAGACCAUAUGGACUUCCUGAGAAUAUAUUUGUUAUAUGGUAUUGGUGACGAAACCAAGAUUAGUAUGAUUUUUCCUCUGUUAUAAGUUAUAUCUUUAAUUGUUUGAUACAAGCAUUGACUGUCUUACAUGUAG